AUGACCAUGCUGAUAACAGUAUCCUCCUCCAUCCAACCCAUUCCCACCCGCCACCACCUUCCUCCCCCUCCCACCCUACCCAAGCCCGGGAAGGACAACCUGAGGCUGCAGCGGCUGUUGAAGAAGGCAGCCAAGAAGAACGCAGCCCUGGGCUCAGAGCAAGCCAAGCCUUUCCGCUCCAGCCUCUCGCCCGUCAGCGAGGCCAGCCCUGACCUGGAGCACGACGAGGAUGCUGCCCAGGAGGAGAGCCCCGAGCCCGCAGCUCCGCCCUGCAGCCGGCUGCCCGCAGCGCUCCCCAGCAGGGCCCUCCCGCCGCGCGUCUGCUCCCCGGUGCGCCGCAGCAAGCCCUUCGCCCUGAAGGUGACGGAGCAGCGGCGCAUCGCCGAGCACGUCAUGCUCACAGCCUCCUCAGCCAUGCCCCUGCUGCACAGGCCAGCUGCUGCCGAGGCCCCAGGGCAGCCCGAAGGCACGGACACCCUCCUCCCCUCGCCGCACGACCCUGCCCUGCCGCUUUUCCCCCCGCCUCCUCCUGCCGGUCCACCCGGUAUCGAACAGGCGCCAGAGGUUGCCUGUGGCACCAAGAGGAAGGAAGCAAACCUCUUUCUUCCCCGCCGCUUGCCCAUCCUCCUGCACAAGCCACGCUUCGACGCCAGGAAGCUGAAGGAGCUGGCUGCCAAACCCAUGACAAAGAUCAGCACUGUCUUUGAGGUCAGCCACUUCAGGCAUGAAGGGGCUGAGAAGCACCCCAGGAGCUUUAACAGAACAGCAUCAGGGUGGUCAGUCAGCUGA